AUGCACCCUCAUCGCCAUCAACAAACACUUGGAAACGUAGAACAAAAGGAACAACAUGCACAAAUAGAGGAUAUUGUACAGGAUUUCUUCAUAGUUUGGCUUGAUAAUCAUUUGGACGAGUCCAAGGAAGAUUUUGAUAAUUCGCUUACGAAAUUACAACGAACCAUCGAUGUCAUAGAAAAAUUUCGUGAUGCCAAUGAAUGCAUCACGCAUAUUUCAAGGAGCGAAAACAAGAAAAUUUUUCUGGUCGUAUCUGGUAAACUAACCAACGAUGUUGUACCAUUGACGCAUGACAAGUCCCAAAUUUAUGCAAUUUAUAUAUUUUGUUUCGAUAAAUCAAAAUAUGAACAAUGGGCAACAGAAAAAUGGCCCAAAGUACGUGGUGUAUUUGCAAAUAUUGACUCGAUUUGUGACUCACUUCGGCAAACAGCACGAGAAUGUGAUGAUGAUGAUAUGAAAAUUACUGGUCAAAUUGAACCAUCAUUUAUGUAUUCAAUGUUAUUUAAAGAAAUUGUUCUUGAAAUCCAUUUCGAUCUGGAGAAAGAAAUUCCAGGUCUUGCCAAAUAUGCUCGUCAGGUGUACAAGGAUAAACCAGAACAACUCCCAAUCAUCUAUGAAUUUGUCCAGCAAUAUAAUGGUAACAUCAACAACAGUCCUGUUCGCUGGUAUACAGCCGGGUGCUUUACAUACAAGAUGUUAAACAAAGCACUCGGUCGAUUGGAUGCUGCUACUCUACUUAAAACAGGUUUUUUCAUACGCGACCUCCAUCAAAAUAUCGAAGAACUUCAUGAAAAACAAGUAAAUGAUAAUAAUACACCAUUUCCAAAAACAGUUUACCGCGGUAAAAUUAUGACACAAGAAGACUUUAAGAACAAAGUUCAACAAGGCAAGCUCAUCUCAUACAAUAAUUUUUUAUCAACUACUGAAAAAAGAGAUGUUGCCAUUGAUUUCAUUGGUCGAGAAUUCCAACCAAGCGAUAGUAAAAUUGCCGUCCUCUUCAUCAUGACUAUUGAUCCGUCGGUAAAAUCAGCUCCAUAUGCACGAAUUUCUGAAUUCAGCAAAUAUCCAGAAGAACAAGAAAUUCUCUUUUCAACACACUCAGUAUUUCGGGUCCGACAGAUUCAAGAAACAAAAGAGCGUGGCAUGAAUAUACAGCAAGUCAACUUGACGCUCACCAGUGAAAAAAAUGAUAAGGAGCUUAAUGAAUUAACAGAAAGUAUACGGAAGGACAUUGAAGGAAUUGGAUGGGAACGAAUGGGUUUGUUGCUUUGGAAAAUAAAUCAAAACGAUAAGGCUGAAGAAAUCUAA